AUGAGAUCUGAAGGGAUGAGGUUGAGACAAAAGUUUGACCAUCCGGCAUCGUUACGUCACAUCCAUCUGUUGAGCCAGAUAGAGAGGAACUUGGCCAUCCAUAGGGUGAGAUGUAACCAAAAUUUCUUACUCCUGGCCGUCCUGACUGCAGAGCAUGCCAGGCCAGGGUUCAUGAAGUUCUACAUUGUUGUUUGGCCAUUGUUGGAUCACAUAACCUCAUGA